AUGGUUGGAGGAGAGGAACGAGGAGAUGAACGGGGAAGAGAGGAAGAAAUUGGGGAAACAAUUGGGGGAAACAGCGAUCUAGGGUUAGGGAUUGAGGCUCGAGAGGGAAUUGAAAAAGGGAAUUUAGGGAUUGGAAGAGGAGAAAAAGAAUUGAAGCGUUUACCUGAUGAAGAGAAGUUACCUGAUAAGGGUGCUGGCAGAAGUGGGUCGGCCCAAAACAAAUUGGUAUCGAGAGCCUCGGUUUCUGGCAAGUUGGUGGUAUGCCCAAGAAAAAUCAGAAUAUGGCAGAAGAUUAGCUGGUUGCAGAAGCAGAUGGAAGAACUGACAGCACUGGAGACUCAGGAAGAGAGGAUUUCUACACUGGAGUCUAGAUUGGCUACAAAUCAUGGAUAUGUGGAGGAAAUCUUGAAUAUUUUGACUGGCAGAAAAGAGGACCAAAAUCAGUUUGAGGAUCAGGUACAUACCCUUGAUUCAUCAAAUAUGAGUAACAAACAACCUGUUAAGGUGACAGUAAUCAAUGAUAAGACUCGGUUUACUUAUAAACCGGAUGAGCCUGGUAUUCUUAAGUCUAAACCAAAUGUCUUGCCUGCUCAUAUAGCUAGCUGCAAAAAUGAUAACCAAACGGGGGAGAACAGUGCUGCUAGAACUCAGUUAGUGGCUUUAGAAGUGGAUAAAAGAGGUACAGGAGGGUCUUCUAGUAUGUCAGGGAUUAUGUUGCAUAGACCAAAAAUUGAGCUACCAUUUUUUGAUGGAAGUAAUCCCAGAGGUUGGUUACAAAAAUGUCAAAAAUAUUUUUCAUUUUGUAGUAUUGCUGAUGAACAGAAGGUGGAAGUAGCUACAAUGUACCUGACAGGUAAAGCAGAGAUUUGGUUUGAUGGGUAUAUUAUGCAAAAACAUCAUGUGACUUGGCAUGAGUUUGAGGCUGAUUUAUGUCAUAGGUUUUGUGAUAAAGCCUUUGUUGAUAUAGUGGAGGAAUUUACAAAACUGGUCCAGAAAGGGUCUGUAGAAGAAUAUCAGGAUAGAUUUGAAGAACUACAACCUCACAUGCUUCUGCAGAAUCCUACUUUAGGUGAAGAAUUUUUUGUCUCUUUGUUUAUUAGUGGACUAAGGGAUGACAUUAAACAUAGAGUUAAAGCUCUAGACCCUAAAACAUUGUCUGAGGCAAGCAGGCAAGCUAAAUUAUAUGAGCUCUCUGUGGAAUUUGAGAGCCAUCAGUGUAAAGCAAAACAGUUGAAUAUGAUGAUUGAAGAUGAAAGUGUCUUACCUUCAGAAAUUUUAUCUAAUGAUCCAGAACAGCAGAAUUUACAGGAGGAAGAGAAUCUAGAAAUAUCUAUGAAUGCCAUUACUGGAUGUAUUGGUCAUAAUACAUUGAGGAUUCAGGGAACAAUUCAGGGAAGACCAUUGAAUAUACUAAUUGAUAGUGGGAGUACCCAUAGUUUUUUAACACCUCAAUGGGCUGAGGCUGGCAUACAGAUAAAUACUCUUCAUCCUCUAGCUAUUACAGUAGCUAAUGGGCAGCAACUCUACAGUUCAGCAAGGUUUGGAAUGGAGGAUGCAAGGCACUCUUUUAUACAUGAUUUCAGACUACUUCAAUUGGGGGGUAGUGAUAUGGUGUUAGGGGUGGAUUGGAUGAGAUUGUUUAGUCCAAUAUUGAUGGACUUUAAUAAAAUGACAAUGAGAUUUGUGCAUAAGGGGAAGCAAAUCACUAUACAAGGUCAACAACAGUCAAAUUUCUUACAGCAGAUUUCAGGAGCUACCCUAUUGAAGAUGACAGUUUCUGAUUCUCCUCUUUUGGGACAUGUAGUGUUAUUCAAUAUGUGUGAAGAUUCCAAGACUACUCCUACAGCUAUCCAGUCUCUUCUGGACCAAUAUCAAGCUAUUUUUGCUGAACCUACAGGACUGACUCCUACAAGAAAUCAUGACCAUGCAAUUCCUCUUAAACCUGAAGCUACCCCAAUCAACUUAAGACCCUACAGAUUUCCCUAUAUUCAAAAACCUGAGAUAGAGAAGCAGAUUGCUAAUAUGCUUUUCUCCUCUGUGAUUCAACCAAGCAAAAGUCCUUUUGCUUCUCCAUAUCUUUUAAUUAAGAAAAAGGAUGGUACCUGGAGGUUUUGUGUUGAUUACAGGAAACUAAACAGUAUGACAGUGAAGGACAAAUUUCCUAUUCCUGUUAUGGAAGAUCUACUGGAUGAAUUAUGUGGAGCAGUUUAUUUUUCUAAAAUCGACUUAAGGUCUGGUUAUUGGCAGAUCAGAAUUAAGCCUGCGGAUAUCUAUAAGACAGCUUUCAGAACUCAUCAAGGCCAUUAUGAGUUCAAGACUCAAGUUGAGUACUUGGGACAUAUUAUUUCAGCUUCUGGGGUUUCUACUGAUCCUACUAAAGUAGCAGCUAUGAAGAAUUGGCCUGUGCCAAAAUCUUUAAAAUCUUUGAGAGGUUUUUUUGGGAUUGACUGGUUAUUACAGAAGUAUGCUAUGUGUGUUGCCCCUGUGCUAGCAUUACCAGAUUUUUGGAAGAGUUUUUAUUUAGAAACAGAUGCCAGUUCAGGAGGAAUUGGGGUUGUCUUAUCUCAGGAUGAGCAGAAAUUAACUACUGCCAUCCAGAAGAAAGGGCUGACUAAAUUAUUGGGGCUCGACUAUUCUAUUCAGUAUAGGAAGGGUAAGUCAAAUGUGGUUGCUGAUGCCCUUUCUAGACAGUGGGAAGAUCAAGGUCAGUAUAUGGCUAUGGGUACUACCCUAAUCAUUCCUAGUUGGGUGCAAGAAGUGGAAGACAACUAUAAAGGGGAUAAAAUGGCAACUGACUGGUUAUCUAUAUUACCAGCUACUUAUCAAAGGAUUAAGGCUAAUUUUUAUUGGCCUAAGUUAAAGGCUAUGGUGGCAAAUUAUAUUAGAGGAUGUACAGUUUGUCAACAGACUAAAGUAGAACAUAUUCCUAAACCAGGGCUCCUACAACCAUUGCCUAUUCCUCAACAGGCUUGGGAGAUUAUUACUAUGGACUUCAUAGAAGGCUUGCCUACAUCCCAGAAGAAAAAUUGCAUUUUGGUGAUAGUUGAUAAAUUUACUAAGUACAGCCACUUCCUAGCCUUAUCACAUCCUUAUACAGCUACUGAUAUAGCCAGAUUGUAUUUGGAUACUGUUUAUAAACUUCAUGGCCAGCCUAAAAUGGCCAUUUCUGACAGAGACAAGACAUUUACCAGUCUCUUUUGGAGAGAACUGAUGAGGCAACUAGGCACUAAAACUCUAUUUAGUACUGCAUACCAUCCAGAGACUGAUGGUCAGACAGAAAGGGUGAAUCAGUGUGUGGAACAAUAUUUGAGGGGUUUAUGUUUUUUUCAGCCGAAGCAGUGGGCUAAAUGGCUGCCACAUGCAGAGUGGUGGUAUAAUACUACCUACCACACUGCCCUUAAACUUACACCAUUUGAGGCAUUGUAUGGCUACAAGCCUCCUACUAUGGUUUGGCAAGCAGAAACUAAUGUGCAGUCUGUUAGUGACUUAAUGAGAAGUAGAGAAGAUAUCAGACAGUUAGUGAAGCUACAACUUGAGCAUGAAGUAAUAGAAUGA